UCCUCCUGCGCUCUCAAGCUUUCCUUCCUAGAUUCUGCAUUCCGAUUUCCAUUUCACACAUUCAACGUCAAGGUAUUAUAGCUAGUUACUUUAGCCUUUCUUAAGAAGAACAACUCACAAGUAAGUGCCAUUCAUCACACCGUCGUACACUAUGUUUGGUUUUGUUUGAAGGGCAUUUUGCUCCUCAUGGUCUUCAAACUUAAGUGCCAACACUUCUGAUAUUACCUUAGAAGAAUAUAGAAAAAUCAGCUUGUCUAUUAGGUGUUCUCCAAGAGACCCAAAAAAAGGAUCUCCUCUUGCAUGUUACACCUUUUACCUUUGUUUUACCUUGAAAUUCAUACAUUUUCAAUUGCAAUAGCCCAAAAGAUGUUCUUUUAAGCCAAUUAAAAGAAAGAAAAAACUGCCACACUUCAGUGUUUCCAGAGUUUCUCUUGGGAUAGGUGGAUUACUCUCUCUCUUUUCAAAAAGGAGCUGUACUUUCAGUUUUGCACAAUUUUCUCUUCGAAAAAGACCCUGCUUCAAUAGUUUUGGGGCGUUAUUUUACCAAUUUGCAGCCUGAGGUUCAAUGAUAAUUUCAGAACAAGUUUUGCAGAUAAAAGAAGAUAGAUUAUUACUAGUCCUCUUCAUUUGAAAAACAGAGAAAGGAGAACUUUUUGCCAUAAAUGGCUCAGGAGUACCAGACAAUGCCUUCUUCUGCUCACGACAAGAGGUACUCAGGACUGUCGAAUGGUGGUGACAAAGAACAAUUGCCAUCUCAAGAAUCAGAAGUUCCUUUGACUACUAGAUUUGAUGGGAAUGCAAUGCAAGUAGAUGGACUCCUAAAAAAUGUUUCUCCCACAACUAAGAUUGUGGUGAAACCAAAUGAGGAGUUGAAGUCACCGUUCUUGGUAAAGCGCCACCUAUUUCUUAAGAGGCCUGAUCCUAUUAUACUAGACGAAUUGUACAGCUUGACUACAAAAGUAACCGAUGAAGAGUCCAGACAGUCUGUUUGGGUAUCAGGCAACCUGCCGAUCAAUUUAAAGCUUGUAGAUAUCCAGGAAACAAUAAAACCUGAAGGAGUCAUGGGUAUAAAUUGCAUGGACUUGGCUGUUAGAAUUAUGUCAAGACAGGAUGCUGAAAUUUUUAAAAACACAAAAUGUCUAGGUUGGAGGCAUUAUGUUGAUUCAAAUUGGAAGCAAUAUAUCAAUGAUCCCAACAAUCUGAGGAACGAGUAUUCCCGUUUGUCUACUAUGUAUGAUCCUUCAGGUUCACAUCUGGUAUUAAUCCCUGUAUCAUCUGAUGGCCACUGGACUCUAUAUGCUUUCAACAUGCAUGAUAAGAAGCUCUGCAUUCUGGAUUCUCGACGAGAUACCAGUGAAGGCGGUGAUCAGGAUCCAGUGAAGCGUCAUGAGAAAAUCCGAAAAGAAGUCUGCCAUGCUCUUAACGAAACCAUGGAUGUUGAUUUCAAUUUUCUCUCUUGGAAGCAUGAGUUUCCCAAAGUGCCUAGGCAACAGAACAGUUGUGACUGUGGAUUCUUUGUAUUCAAUUUUAUGCGAUUAUGGGAUGGUCAUCGACUGAUUCGGUGGUUUUCAACUGAAACAAAGGAGUUGCGGAAGAACUUUCUAGCAUACAUACUCUCCAGUUUGGAUGAUCAUUCAGUCCUGCCUACUAAUGUCUCUGAGUUGAUCAAAAAGCUCCCUGGGGAAACAAUGAUGAAUGUUGAGCUAUUAGAAGCUGCACGGGCAGGCAACGCAAAUGCAUUUUGUGAACUUGUUAUAGAUCCUGCAAGAAGUAUUAAUCAUGAGCCCUUCAGAUCUGCCUCCUGUUCUUGUCUUCUUUUUCGGAGCACAUCAUCUGGCAGCUAUUGUCUCUGUUUUGAGUGCACAUCCUCACGCAAUUCCGAUCAAGAAAAGAGUCCAAACAAGCAUAAUGCAUUAACACGAUCAGAUGCACCAUCAACAUUUACGAGAGAUACAAGGGACAUGCUACAUGCUAUUCAGGGUGUAACGGUUGAAGGUGACGGGGUGCUCCACAUCGCUGCAAGCUUUGGUGUUUUGGAACCUGUGAAAACCGUCUUGGAAGCGCAGAAUGGAGCUUUCGCAACGGCGCUUCUGCAAGCAGAGAACAACAAAGGAGACAGGCCCCUGCACUGCGCAGCCACCACAGGGAGUAUAGUUACUGUCAAACUCAUCGUUGAUGAAGCUGAGAAAAUUAUGCGGGCCCAAUCCGAUACCUUUGCCUGGUUUCUGCGUGCGAAAAAUCUCGAUGGCCAGACGUGCUUGCACGAGGCUGUGCGCCACGGUCACGAAGAUGUUGUGAAAUAUUUGGUUUCGAAAGAUGCAGAUUUGGGGGAUGUCCCGUUGCCGCUGGUGCAGAUAGUGGACAACGAGGGCACUUCUCCGCUCUACUUGGCGACCACAUUACGCAGAGACAGCAUUGUUAAGGUGCUCACAGAAGCAGCGCCAUCAGGCAUGCCUAGAGCCGCGUCCUAUUCUGGGCCUGCAGGGAAAACAGCUUUACAUGCUGCUGUUCUCUUCAGUGAAGAACUGAGUAGAACACUGGUGAAUUGGAACCAUAGUCUCAUUAAGAUCCGGGAUGAAUCUGGGAGCACCCCGCUUCACUAUUUGGCAGACGGGAAGUAUACUACUGAACCCAGUUGCAUUUCUGUUACUGAACUUCUCCUUAAGAAGGAUCCAUCGUCAGGCUACUGUGAAGAUUCAGAGGGCUCAUUGCCCAUUCACAUUGCUGCUGCAAAUGGCACGCUUGGCAUCAUUGAUCAGCUGAUAAAAUUGUGUCCUGGCUGUGAGUCAUCAUGCAAUGCUUCUGGCCAGACAAUCCUCCACAUCGCUGUCCAAACGGAAAGCCAUGAUGUGGUGCGAUUUGUUUGUUCGAAUGAAAUGUUCAAAAUGGUUCUGAAUAUGAAGGAUUACGAUGGGAAUACAGCACUCCAUUUGGCUGUACAGAAGGGACAUAACAAGACCUUUGGCAUUUUGAUGGGAUGCAAGAAUGUCUCUUUAAGUAUCAGAAACAGAAAUGGGUAUACGCCUCUUGAUCAUGCCGUACUGAACAAAACAAGCGGACUGACGUAUGCCACAUAUUGGCCAGGUCACCAGCGAUGGGUAUGCAAUAGUUUGCUCGCUGCUGGAGCUGAUUUUGGUACUUUCCGUGCGGACCAUUUGUCCAGCAAGAUCCCAGAACAAGCCAAGGCUGACAGGGAAGCAUUCUCCGACACACUGAGCAAAUCUGCCGCGGUCAUGGCCACAUGCGCGGCUCUGCUUUUCAAUGCGGCGCUUAACAUCUUUCUGAAUGUGCAAGCCAUCUACCACAACAAUAACACCAGCACCAACAACAACAAUGCAACUCAAGGAAGCGAUCAGCUCAAGCAAAUUCAGAAAGUUAAGAAACUCAGUGGAGACUCACUGAGCAUCUCUGCAUGUGCCAUCCUUUUAUUUGCGAUUGCUGGAUUUCCCAUCUUGCCCGGUGUCAUAGGACGCACCUUUGCUCUUAUCUUGGGACUAGGGGUGCUCAUUGGGUCGUCCAUGAUUAGCCUGCAGGCGUUAGCAGCACGGCUUGAUCUAGCCAAGGUUUAUGGCACAGGAAUCGGUGCCUUCUGCGUUAUAUUUUCGCUGUUGUGCGUAACGCUGUGCACCAACCUUUUGCGGAAGAUAGUGCAGCACGCGCGUCCGCUGUGGGAUAGGUGUGGUGCCCGUGGAUUCUUCCGUAGCAUUCUGAAUGUGCGCAGAGCUCAAAACUACUCUGCCAUCCCGUUGUUGCAGGUUUGUGCCUUCAUCGAGGUCUUACUGCUGACGUGUCUUGUUAUGAGCUCCAGUAUUGAAAUUGUAACAAAAAAUUUUCCAAUAUCGCUACAACUAGUUAGGAGGUGACAUGGACAGUAAAACAUAGCUUGGAAGUGUCACAUUGUGUUUUCCUACUAGAGGCGUGUGUUGGCGGUAUGUGCAUGUACAUGUGAUAUGUCAAAACUAUAUAUGUACUCGUAUAAUAUGAAAUAAAUGUGACAUGUUCUAAUUCCAUUUGUGUUCUUGUGUC